AUGAGAGAAAGAAUCACCUACUUUCAUCCGCCCCGUGCAGCCAUCGACCCAAAGCAGCUGGAAAUCAGGGACACAAAGGUCCAAGGCCCAGCCAUAGAGGCGGUACGCGAGCACAAGAUCACUCUGAAUCUGCCGGAUCUUCCCUCCGAGCUGGCUAGCCUUCUUCGUGAUCUUCAAGACCUGCAUCUCAGAUGGGCAACGUCAGCGAGCUAUGAGACUCUGGAGCCGUUUAGCUCACGCGUCUCUCCCGGUCUCCACGUCUCAUUUACGCCUCUGAAGAAGGACUACGAUCCAGAAAAACUGUGCACAGCUUUACAAGCGUUUGGACGUUUGGACUGCUCAUCAGAAGAGGUAUACAUCAGCCUUAAUAACAAGGAGGAAAAAGCACCUUCUGCUUCAUUUUUCUAUAAUGAACUCGAAAAAUUAGAUGGGUUUGCAAAGAGGCUCAGCACGGUAGUCUGCUCAGGGCCAACUGCCGGCGAGUGCAGGAAACAGCUGCAAGACCUCAAAAACGCCGCCAGCCUAGACAUUUCUUACGCAUCUGCCUCUGAUUCGGUCAAGCUCCAAGCUCUAUGGCCGCUGCAGCAACGCGAGAUAUCCGUUCCAGCAUCACCCAAGGGCCGGACAGAAGUCGGCAUCCUAGGCGUAGAUGCGCCGCCAAACAUGGAGGCUCAUCAAAUUGGCGCCUCGGGCGUGCUGACCGUCAUCGGCGAGCACAAGGAGCCAUCGCCGGUAAUUUUCGCCUUUGAAGCCCGCCACAGGGCGGCGCCUGGCUCUUUCACGUCCAAAUUCCAGGAACCAACAGGUCUGCAUCCGACUCUGCAGCUGAGUCUGAGCGGAGCAGCCCCUCCGAGCGAUGGCGAGGCUGAGUGCGCCCCGUACGCGUACUUCACUUUCCCCAAGGUGAUCUUUGCAGACAGAUACCAGCUGGCAGACGAGCUGUUCCUUGCAUCUAAAAAUCUAACAGCCACAAAAUACGUCAGCGAGCCGGUGGAUCUCGAAGCACCUGCAUAUACGACCAAGCCCUGGGGGUCGAAUGUGCUUCUGGAGCUGGCACCCCCCCAGGAUGGCACUGCAGAAACGGCUUGGACAGCUGAGGUUCCUCUUCACCUACGCUAUCUCAAGCCAACCCCGACAGGCAAGGAAGAGGUCGGAAUCCCGUAUCCUGUGGUAUUCUGGGCGUGUGACAGCGGCGAAGAGGUUCCCUACGCAGUCAGUCCAUUCGACCGGGUCAAUCUGGGCUACGACGGCUUAUUUAGCCCAAGCACAAAGUUCUGGCACGUGAACCCCGAACCUGAGGCUGGCGGCCAUCUUAUCAACAACAUCAAGGUCCCUGUGGUGACGGAGGGAGCAUCUCAGUGGGUGGGCGUUGGAACAGCAGCAGUGGUGGCAGUGGGCUUUCUCAAGUUGGAACAGCUCGAACAAGAGCUGAGAAGCAUCCAACAAGUCGUCAACAACAAAAAGGCCAAUAGCGAAUCUACAUGGUCACCACCCAGUCCUUUGGCACCCUUCUCCGCAUCUUCAGGCCAGACACCGCUCUCAACCAUACUGAAACCGGCACGAACUCCCCUCUCCGUCCAGCUUGGGCCGUCGCCGCGCCCUCCUGAGAAGAGGCAAAAGAAGACUGGACCUACAGAAGCUCGCGUUCUAGACUCCAUAAUUAUCUCUGGGCAAGAUGUCGACUAUUACUUUAGCAAAUAUCUCCAGCACUUUCAUCCCUUUCUCCCCAUCCUACGCAAAAAAGAACCCGAUGAAUGCUACGACGCACAGCCCGUGCUUUUCUGGGCCAUCCUGUACGUAACAUGUCGUCGAUACGCAAAGGACACCCAGCUCUUCAACGUACUCGUCGAGCACAUGACCAAGAACCUCUGGCCCAUGAUGUCCAGCGCCGUGCUGGGCGUCGACGAGAUCCACGCCAUCCUCCUCGUCUGCGCAUGGCCCUACCCGACCAUCCGCUUCGUCACGGAUCCAUCAUCCAUGUUGGUGAACAUCGCCAUGAACGCGUGCAUGUCGCUUGGUCUUCACACCGGCCGGGGAUCGCACCCUCAGUUCUGUGUUGGAAGUCGACACUGCUAUACGUCUACCGAUGAGGAGGCUUCGUCAACCUGGAUAGCGUGCUGCCUACUGGCGCAAAGGAUAUCAGCAAGCGCAGGCCUUCCUCCUCCCUUCAUGCAGCACUGCGACGCGCGUUGCAAAGCCGCCCUCGAUUCCAACUACUGGGCCGACCUGCUCGCCACGUACGAGCUCCAGCGCUUCCUUAAUCGCUUCCACAUGGCCAUGCACGCGCAGACCUCCAACGUGGGCAGCGUCCCGGAGAGCGCCAUCGCAGUCUGGGAAACCGAACUGGAGACGCUCAAACCGCUGCUUGUCCGCUUCGACACAGAAGUAUCCCGCGUCUUCAAACUCGCCGCCCAGCUCGAAAUCCAGCUCUUCUACUUCAUGUCCCCCUCCUCCAUCACCGCAAACAACAACAACUUCGCCAUCAGCACAAACUACAGCACCUCCCCGCCCCAACCCGCGCCCCAAACCUCCGUCCCCGUGCCGCUCCCAUCUUCAAACCCAACCCUCCAGCUCAACGCCCUAAAGACCUUCACCACCGCCCGCUCCCUCAUCCACACCGUCCUCGACAUCGACUCCCGCUCCAAAUUCAUCGCCCACUGCCCCGGCGUCCUGUGCCGCGCCCUCACCGACGCCGCCAACACAAUCGUCUACCUCCUCCACUCUACCUGGGGUCCUAGUCAGGACUCUCUCUCCGCCGAGGAGGCCGACCUCCUCGCUCAGCAGGCCUACACCUCCAUCAUGCGGUGCUCCGUCAAGGAACAGGACAUUUGGUACCGCGGCAGCGUCAUCAUGGAAACUUUCUGGUCCUUUAGGAGAUACGUGCCCCGGUUCGACACCGUGCCUCCCUCAUGGGUCAGCCGUGGCGGAGCGGGCAUCACGUUUGCCUGUUUGGAAAAGUUCAAAAACGGCUUGCUCACGGCGCAGAAGAGCACAGAUGGCGUGAACAAGUGCCUCGAAAUUAUCCAAUUCCGUACAGAUCCAUCUUCAGGCGCAAACACCGCCUCGCAAGACCAACAAAUGACAAAUAACGCACCCGUCAGCGAUCCAUUCCAAGAUGUAGACUGGUCCAUGUUUAUGGAUGAUUUCGGCUGGACCACGGGAGAAGAUGGUGUACUGAUUGGGCUCAUUUAG